GCGAACUUUUGGCGUGCUUAUAUCCGAAAUGUUUCCAAAACAGACUGAGACCAUGGAGUGGCGUCUGUUCAGGAAUUGGGGAUGAGGAAAGAGGAUGGGAAGAUCGGACUCUGAUGCGGCAGGCCUUGAGCAGGACCUGCGACAGGUCUGUUCGUAGCGCAAUUGGCUCUAGGACAGGGAGAGGCCGCGCGAGGCCGAGCGAACAGGCCGGCUGGAACCUGAAUAUUGUGGCCCUCCGGCCUCCUCUCCGCCUGGGACCGCGCACGCGAAGCUGAAUACACAUUUCGUACAUAACCCGUGACUUCGCCUCCCGCUGUCCUCUUUCGUACUCUUUGUAUCGAUACAGGCGUUCCCGUAGUUUACGUCCGGCAAAAUGAGCAAGCUCCAGGGCGAAGUGGUGCGUGAGGCGAUCACACAGAUCGUAACAGAGUCCAAUGAGAAGAAGAGGAAGUUCACGGAGACGGUCGAGCUUCAAAUCGGCCUGAAGAAUUAUGAUCCUCAGAAGGACAAGCGUUUCAGCGGGUCGGUCAAACUGCCGCACAUCCCGAGGCCGAAGCUGAAAGUGUGCAUGCUUGGAGAUGCCCAGCAUGUGGAAGAAGCUGAGAAGAUCGGCAUGGACACGAUGGACGUGGAAGCGUUGAAGAAACUGAACAAAAACAAGAAGCUCGUGAAAAAGCUGGCUAAGAAAUAUAACGCUUUCCUGGCAUCCGAGGUCGUCAUCAAGCAGAUCCCUCGACUGCUUGGGCCCGGUCUGAACAAGGCCGGCAAGUUUCCCACUCUGGUUACCCAUCACGAAGUCCUUGAGAACAAGUUGAAUGAAGUGAAGGCUUCUGUGAAGUUCCAGCUGAAAAAGGUGCUGUGUAUGGGAGUGGCAGUGGGCAAUCUUGCUAUGGACGAGAAAGAGAUCUUCAUGAAUGUUCAGAUAGCUGUCAAUUUCCUCGUCUCGCUGCUGAAGAAGAAUUGGCAGAACGUCAGGACUCUUUAUUUGAAGUCGAGCAUGGGUAGGCCAGUGCGCAUCUACUAAGAGGAUUGUCAGGAGGUGGUUUUGUCGUCUGGGUGAAUCCAUUUCGAUCAGCCUGACCUGGCCCUCGGGGUGAUGUUGGCUGUUUCUUCGGCGUCUUUUGAAGUUUUGCUGGUGACGGCGUCAGGCCAGCGAGAUCUCAAGCGGAAGGGUGGGGGGAUUCGACAAAAUGUAGUGGAAUGACGAUGGCUGAGGGCAGCGUAGGUGUGAAGUUCUGUGUGUGAUUGAUGGGCGUAUAGCUGUCUCUUCUCUCUCUUCGAGGGGAGAAAGUUAAUUACUCUGCUCGCGAUACCAACAGUCAGGGUGGCGAGGUUUUCGUGUUGCUAGUGCGUCACCGCUGGUUGCUUGGGAGCUCUUGGAGCGUUUGCCUCUAUGUGCGGGACUUGUUGUACUUGUCUGUAACGGAUAUCGAUUAAAAGGCUUCAACAUGAGAGAUUAUUCGUAAAUUUUGCCCCUCGUGUUUGUCACGAACGAUCCGUUCUAUUUGUAAAUUUGUGUUGUUGUAUGUACUGUAGCUUAUCGGAUGGACGGCACAUGAACACUCCCUAAUACCGAUGGCUUUAAGGGAAAUGGUCGACUUUCUUCUCACCCCCCCUGCGAUCCUGGCAGUCUCUAAAUCUGUAUUUGUUUAUGUGUGUGUAUUUGUGUGUUUGCGUGUGUUUGUCUGGGUGUGUUCGUCUCUGUGCGUGUGUGUGUGUGUGUGUGUGUGUGUGUUUGUAAAAUCACGAACUCUCUCUCUCGUUCCAUCCACGAACCAUCCAUGGAACAGUAAGAGGGUAUCGAUAUGCAAUGUAGUAGAAGAUGCAAGGUUGGCUGAGGUUUUGUGGUUGUGUGUAAACACACCCGUCUGCAGUUGAAGCGGCACACUUGCACAGAUUAUAUGACAACUGGCGUGAUUUCAAAACGGCAGCAACCAUGC